AUGCGUGCAAUAACAACAACAGUGAAAGAACGUGCCGCAAAGGGGCCAUUACCUACACAAAUAUCUGGACAAUCGACUCUUUAUUUCGAAGGAAAUUAUCUCGAAACAAUGCCAUCCAACUCCCUGCUCGGAUAUUCACAGUUAGGACAUCUAUACCUGGCCAACAAUCGGCUAACCGAGAUCGACCAACUUCCUGAGAACAUAAUAGCUCUCGACAUAAGAAACAAUAGCAUUUCUUUGCUGAACAAGCAGAUGCGGGACUUCUUCGACAAGAGAUUAGCCGCCUCCCCCCAGCUGAAGCUCCUACUCUCUGGGAAUCCUUGGACUUGCACUUGCGAGGAGAAAGACUUCCUAUUCUUUGUGAGAAGUUCGCAGUACAUUGAAAAUCUAAAUGAUAUAUACUGCGGUAGAACGGAAAAGCUCCUGAAGCUAAUAGAUGAGAGUGAUCUAUGCCCUUCAGGAUUGGUGCACUAUGUGACUCUCACCAUUUCUUUCAUGAUAAUAAUCUCAACUAUAAACUUGAUCGUUUACUUCAAGCAGCCACUCCUGAUCUGGUUCUACGAGCACAAUGUAUGUAUGAGCAUCGCCGCCCAGCGGGAGUUCGAAAAACAGAAGAAGUUCGAUGCUUUUCUAUCAUUCACCCACAAGGACGAGGAGCUCAUCGAAGAGUUCGUUGAGAGACUGGAGACUGGCGCGUACAAAUUCCGACUCUGCUUCUAUCUGCGCGACUGGCUCGUGGGGGUGCCAAUUCCCGAGUGCAUCAGCCAAUCUGUGAAGGACUCGAAGCGCGUCAUCAUCCUGUUGACGAACCACUUCCUGAAGUCGACUUGGGGGCGACUGGAGUUCCGCCUCGCCCUGCAUGCCACCUCCCAGGACCGAUGCAAGCGCCUCAUUGUGGUCCUCUAUCCCGAAGUGGAGAACUUUGAUGAUCUCGACAGCGAGCUGCGCUCCUACAUGGUGCUGAACACGUAUCUCAAGCGAGAUGACCCCAAUUUCUGGAACAAGCUAGUAUUUUCAAUGCCCCAUGUGAAUGUGCAACAAGAACCCGAUCCAGAGGCAAUAGAGCUGUCUGUCAUAAAUCGCAAUGAGUAAAAAUAUCUAAAGCUAUCCAGAUCACUUUUGAAUUUGUAUCUACAAAAUUUGUAUCAAAUAGAACAUUUGCCAUCUUAUGAAUAA